UCCAGUAUAAAUUCGCAUAUUAUCAAUUAAAUUCGAACAUUUCAUCAUCAUCAACUAUUUUAAAAUCUGUUCAAUUUUUUGAACCAUGAUGGAAUUACGUUGUCGAUUUGGCUAUCCAUUUAUUCAAUCGUUACCUAUUGCUCAGAUUGUACUGACUAAUCAGAAAAAAUCUUUUUGUGAUUUUUGUUUCAAGAAGAUUGAAGAAAGCCCACCUAUAAAAUGUCCACGGUGUAGUCAUGGUUAUUAUUGUUCCAGAAUAUGUAUAGAAAAUGAUUUAUGUCAACAUCAAAUUGAAUGUCAGUUUAAUUUGUUUGAAAAGAUUAGAAAAUGUUUUUCGACAUCGAUCAAAAUCCAUACAAGUGAUUCGUUAAGUCAGCCUGAUCAAUUUAAUUUGGAGAAUUUUUUCGAUCAAAAUGAUAUGAUUGAUAUUACUUUGCUGUUUUUUCGGUUAUUGAAGACUUUACGGCUGGAUAUUGAUGACAAUUCAUUGUAUUUCGAUUAUGGAAACCAUAAAGGUCAAUUCAUUUGGAAAGAUUUAUCUGUGCCAAUUAAUUCCACAUCAUUUUCAAAGCGAUUUUGUAAACCAGAGAAUAAUUUAUCAUAUUACCUUUCACGAUUUGAUCAUUUGGAUGAGAAUGAAAUCCAAGAAUUAGACGAAUUAAUUGGCUUGGAUUUAUCUGACAAAGAAUUAUUCAAAUCAUUAUAUAUUGAAAAUAAUGUGAAAAGUUGCUUGAACGAUGUUAUCGGAAUAAUUGUCGAUGAGGCUUCAUCUGGUAGUUCAACUCAAAGCUUUGAAAAUCAAAAAUCCAUCUAUCAUAAUUGUGAUGAUAACUAUGACGAUAUAUUUUACUAUAGUAACCAUACAACUGAUCAGAUCAAUAGGAAUGAAGCAAAUUCUUUUUUUAGUUUCGAUUCAUCUUUGCUAGAUAAAUGUGAACAAGAAGCUAUUCAAGUAUUGAAAACAAAUUAUCGUUUGCUUUUUCUGGAAAAUCUUUUGAAACGAUCAAGAACCCAAAAUAAUGAAUUUGAUUUCUAUUACAGCACUUGGUUAGAUUUGAUCCUAAAAUUACUAUUAACUGAUACAAGUCUGAAUGAAUAUCUUGGCAAACCAGAUUUAUUGGACAUAGAAAAAAUUUUCUUUAUCGCCAUACGAUAUUCGAUUGCAAUAACUGAUGAAAUUCUAGCUAUUCCUUUUGCUCGUGCUAUUUAUGUGCCAUUGAUUAAGAUGAAACAUUCAUGUUUGCCAAAUACAUCUUUGAUUUUCGAUGGAAAUCAACUUAAAGCAUAUUAUUUACCUGAAAAAAAGGAAGACGUUUCAAAAGUCGAAUUUAACUUGUCUUUAAAUCAAAUCAAAGUGGAUUUCAUUCACGAAAUAUCAACAAAAGAAAAUUCAUCCACUUUGUACAUUUGGACUAGGCUGCGUUUGUUAAACUGUGAAUGUCAACGUUGUUUGCAAACUAAAAAACAACUUGGUUCCAAUGUCAAUCAAUGGGCUAAUCCCUUUAUUGAUGAUGAAGAUGAAGAUUUUAUCAAUCAAGAAAAACAAGGCGAUCUUGCCACCGAUGAUAACGAGCUUAACUAUGAUUAUGAAAUGAUUUUUGCCCGUAAAGAUAUGGAAGAUUUACCUAUUUCUGCUGAAGAAAAUGUUGAGGACAAAAAGGGAGUGAUGAUCGAUUAUGAUGAUAGUAUUAUACAAUUAAACCAAGUACUCAAUGAGUAUGGAAAUCGGUUAGAUUUGCAUCAUUCUACUCGAAUACAAGAGAUUCUCGGUGAAACAGUACAAUCAUUGCGGAAAAUUUUUGGCCAUUAUCAUGUGAAAAUAACCAUACUAUUGUUGAAGAUCAUUUUCCAUAAUUUUGUAAUUAUCAAAUCAUGUCGCGAUAAAGUUGAAAUUUUUUUUCGGUUCCUUUAUCUACAUCAUUAUAUCACCGAGCUAAUAGAUUCUCUUCGAAUAACUCAUGGUUUCGAGAAUGGCUGGAUUUCAAAAAUGAAUAUUGUACAUCAAACUUGUCAUAAUAUAGUGAUCGAAAUAUUCAAUAAAUAUGCUACUGAAAUAAACAGUUUACAACAAGAACUCGAUAAUAAAUGUUUAUAUGGUUUCAUCGAUGCCCAAUCGCUGAAUAAGUGUGGCUGCCUUGUCAUUUCGAGUGAAGAUCUUGAUGUGAUUCGAACUCAUAUCGAUAAUAAAAAUGAAAUUAAUCUUGGUUAUUCUUAUAACCCAUAUGGUAAUUAUGACGUUGAGCCAAAAAUGGAUCAUGAAAUCAAUGAAACCGUUAAUGAAACUAUUACUGAAAAGGUUGACAAAAUAUUGGCCUGUUUUAAUGAAAUUCUCAAUGUACAAAAUAAUCCUGAAUAAUUUUUUCAUUUAAUUCUUUUACUUUUACUAUAUGUUCAUUAAGAACAAAUCAUCAUUUCAUAAAAGCUGUUAUAAUAAGUAUUAAAAUUUUCAUAUGAUUGA